AUGACCAUCACUGAAUCAUCACCAACACAACAAUCAUCAUUCUCGACACAAGUAACACAACCCAAGGAGUCAGAAACAGAAAAACAAGAAGAGACAGAUUGUUUGGAUACAUGCAUGGCAUCUCCUCUGUCGUGCUUGUGGAUCCACGAUCUCGGAGACAAGCUGCAUCCUGUUGUUUCAGUAAUUCUCUAUACUUUGCUUUGCCCUGUCACAAUGCCUUGUUUGUGCACAGUAGGUGCACUUGUGCUGUGUAAGACAUGUGUAUCGCUCGAGGAUGACGAGUUUGAAAACAGAGAAUCGGAUGCAGAAACCAAUAAAGGAGAACAACGAGUAAAAUCGCCUCAGCCAUAA